CUACUCUUAUUAUAAGCUGCACUUCACUUCAUUUUUUCAGAGUAGUAGUUGCUCUUCUAAGAAUCCCAACGUAACGUUCACUUCAUUUUUUUCCACCACUCCAUUUUCUCUCUCCUCCAUUUCCUUCUUUCUUUCUCAAUUUCCUUCUUUCUUUCUCAAUUUCACUUUUUCUCUCUCCUCUCCCUUCAAUGGCGACUGCUUCCGCCGACCAGGAUUUUUGUCGAAUUUUGGUGCGGAGUGAUAAUGAGCAAGGCAGCAUUGCAAACACAAAAUGUGGGUUGCAAUCAGAUAGUCAGGCAUGUGUGGAUGCUUCAGUGAUAUGCCACAAAACUGUUGAUGAUAAGAAUUCAGGCUCGUUUCCUUCUUGCUUAGUUACAGUUGAUAUCGAAAAGGGUGUUAACGAUGCUUCGAAAAUUGACCAAGACACUUGUGGGAGCAUCAAAACUGAGAUUUCAUUGACUAAACCGCUAAGGAGACAGAACAGCAUACAGACAGGAGGAGAAUCCAUACCACCUUUAAUGAACCACAUCCUCAUGUUGCUCAAGUUUAAUGCCAAAGACAGGCAACCAAUGGAGAAGGCAUACAAUGCUACUCAUAACCGAUGGAGAAAGUAUAAACGUACAGGUUUAUUUGAUUCACGACGUAUUGUCCUCCUGUUCUCCAUUCUGUCGAGUAUGGGUACAAUAGUCUUGAUUUUUCUAACACUCCGAGUUAGACAAGUCAGUGAAGGCUAUAUUCAUGGCUAAGCGACUGCAGAUUUGUUUCUUUAUCUUAUUUUAUAUUAAAAAAUCUCCUGUUCCUAGUUUUAUUUGGAGAUUUUUGCUCUAUGGCAUUUGUAUCUACUCUUGCUUGGGCAUUAUCUCAUUUUUUUUCCGGUGUACAUAUACCGAGUUUAGUGUUUGCUGCACCUGCAGUUUCCUUUCGUUA